GAACGAACCGUCAACUCCACAGCAAUAAACACAUCGCCCAAAUUUACAACACUCUGAAGCCAACCCGUGAGUCACACCCCUCGUCUAUAAGCCCAACGCCCACCAAGGCCCGCCAUGUGGACUCUCUCGACAGCGAACGCAAAACGAUGGUCCAUGCGCAUACCGGAUCGUCUAGGGGAUAAUGCCAUUCCAUGCCAUGCCAUGCUAUUUUACUCCGUCGUACGCGCGCUGCUGCAGAGCUGUCGGGGAGCGCAGUUCCAGUACAGUACCUCGUACGCCGGCCUACCACAGUCGAGAACAGAACUGCGAAGCGCAGCGAGUGGGAGACCUCGACCACCUGGCACUCGAGCGCUAGAGGAAUGGGCAGUGAGGAAGUAAUGAUGGUGCUGAUGUCUGAGGAGCCCGAGACUUGACGGACACGUGUAGAGGAGAGCGCAAGAACGAGCGUCGAGAACGACGAGCAGCAGCAGCUGCAGCAGCAGACGACGACGACGGAGGACGAGCAGCGGAGACGCGAGCGCUGCAGCCAGAGAGCAGAGAGAUCAGAGAGCAGAGCUGCCCCGCCUCGCCCCGCCCCGCCCGGCCUGGCACUCUCUCUCGACAUCUGCACUCUCGUCGCCGCUGGAUCGCGUGUGCCAUCGCCACCCUUCUUCUCUUUCUCCCCCCCUCUCUCUCUCUCUCUCUGUCUUUCUCUCCGUGCGUGUCUCGGGCAUACAAUCAACCCACCAGUCGAGCGAGCGAGCGAGCUUCGGAAAUGGACUGAGGACGAACCAGGGAUUCUGAUAUAGACGAAGAAACGAGGGAGCGAGGGCAGGCAGGAACGAAGGGGAGAGACGGGAUAAUGUUGGUGGUGGGGGACGGGUGAGGCCAGUGCUGGAGGGACUUCGGCUCGAGGAGUGUUGAGAUUUGUACAUAUUGGAUGUGUUGGAUGGUGUGAGGGGAAUCGAUCAGGGCGAGUGGGUGAGCGAUCUGGGCAGCCGGAGCAUCGGCGGGAGCGGGACGCGACUGACGGAGGAGGUUUGGGUGGUGGGGGUCUGCGGGGGCAGCGAGGAGGGGCAGACAUUUGGUCGUUGGUUGGCCCGCGAAUGGGGAUAGUGAGCCUCGGUUGGCGGAGGACGGUCGAGCAGGGGAGGUCGUAGCAUGCUUCGGAGGUGAAUUGCUGUAGGUAAUCGGGGAGAUGAAUUGUGCGAUUCUCGGGGGCCGAUUCUAGUCGAAUAGGUAGUAGAGGGGCCGAGACUGUUCAGGAUGAAGUCAGGGAAUGACGAUCCAAGAAAGAGCGAUGGCAGCCUCAACAAUUUGGAUCGCCGGCUUAAUCAAACCCUGAAGAGUGUGCAAGGAUAGAAACUCCGUGAGCGAUCGGUCCAUGUGCAACCAACUUUCGAUGAGAUUUACAUGAAGCACUUGCUUAAGUUCUAGGCAAGGAGGACAAUGGCGGUUAAAUCUCAAUUUAUGCGACUACUCAAAGUUCCCGGGAAGAUUCUGCUUAGUCGUAAGGGAGCAGAGCCUGCUGCGCCAAGCGUUUCAUCCCCUGCAGUCAGUCCUUACAGAAAGGAUGUGGAUGAGGAAGCAGGCAUUAGUCCAAAUGUUAGUGGUGCUGCCAGUGCAUCGACAAUAAAGGCAGAUGCAUCGAGGAGUAAUGGAAGUGAUACCAGUGAAGGAGUUGCAGAGAACGAGCGACCUUCAUCAAGCCCUUUCGGGCAUUCUAGUAGUAGCAAAGGGAGCUCAACAGACACCUCCAGGCCAUCCACCGGGGGUCGUGCUACGGACAGUGCUAGAGUUGCCAGAUUCAAGAAAGAGUUGGCAUCUCCAGCUGUAAAUUUAGAUGCUCUGCGAGAACUUGCAUGGAGUGGUGUACCUCCAGACAUGCGUCCGAUUGUAUGGCGGCUUUUGGUGGGCUAUGCGCCACCUAAUGCGGACAGAAGAGAAGUUGUUCUUGAGAGGAAGCGGCAAGAGUAUAUCGAUUGCAUACCUCAAUAUUACGACAUAUCUGAUGCAGAUAGAACUGAAGAUGAGCGCACUAUGCUACGACAGAUAUCAGUGGACGCACCUAGAACGGUGCCUGAUGUGACCUUUUUCCAGCACCCAGAGAUGCAGACGUCGUUGAUCCGAGUAUUGUACAUCUGGGCCAUCCGUCACCCGGCAAGUGGCUACGUACAAGGAAUCAAUGACCUAGCGACUCCAUUCAUUGUUGUAUUUCUCUCAGAGUAUUUGGAAGGGGACAUGGAAAACUGGGAUAUCACGAAGCUUACUCCUGAGAUAGUCAACAAUUACGAGGCCGAUUGUUAUUGGUGUUUAUCUAAGCUACUAGAUGGAGUUCAAGAUCACUACACUUUUGCUCAGCCUGGCAUACAGCGGCUAGUUUUCAAGCUCAAGGAACUCGUGCGACGAAUAGAUGAACCUGUUUCGACGCAUAUCGAGGAGCAGGGAUUAGAAUUUUUACAGUUCGCCUUCCGCUGGUUCAAUUGUCUGCUUAUACGAGAGAUACCCUUCCCGCUAGUGGGCCGGCUGUGGGAUACAUAUUUAUCUGAGGGAGAUGCCUUUCCUGAGUACCUUGUUUACGUCUGUGCAAGCUUUUUACUAACAUGGUCGGACCAAUUGCAACAGUUGGAUUUCCAGGAGAUGGUCUUGUUUAUUCAGCAUCUGCCGACCAAAAACUGGACGCAUCAAGAACUGGAGAUGGUGUUAUCGCGAGCCUUUAUGUGGCGUGUGAUGUUCCAACAAGCUCCCAGUCACCUGAGUUCUGGCUAGUAAUCUGGACUUGCUCUAUUUUUAGUUCUAGCAUUCUUAGGCGUCAGAUUUGACGAGGUUCGGGAGAUGGGUUAAAUUGGUUUACUGUGGAUGUUCAUUUUUUGUUGGAAGACCAGAUUAAUAAGCCAACCUUGUUGUACAUUUAGAUCAUCCUGUGUAUAGCCUUCUAGGCGAGGGUGGGGUUCGCAUGUUUUUUCCAGCUGCCUGUAGGAAACAAAUUCUUAUGAGAGGCCUCUUAUUGCAGAUUGUAUGUGAUACGAAGCUACCUCCUUUCUUGGAUCAUAAAUCUACUUUCUCUUAACCAAAAGCUUGGACGUUUGUGUUUCUUCUAGCGAUUGACCUGUCUUCUGCCUAUCUGGCCAACAGUGCUUCUUACCGUUGAUGAUGGAAGGAGUUCGUCACUGUGACAAGUACUAUUUGUUACCAGAGCAUAUGGGUAUUUGAGCAUAAUCAUCAUUGGUUAAGAUCACCAUGUGCAUUUAAAUCAGAGUUUCGAGUGAAAUGGCACUCCAUAUUUCCAGUUGUGUCGAAAUUCUUGCAUGCGAUUGUGGGAGGGAAGCAAUGUAUCUUUCGGAGAAAAUCUUCUGCUAUUUCUCUUUCGUGAUCUCGCAGUUUUUCCUCCCGCUAAAAUGUCCAUUGCUUGCAUAAAUGCAAAAUCUAUGGAUUUUGUGUGACUUGUGGAUUCUUUCUUUCUCCAUUUCUCCAUCUCUCAUUCUUUCUUUCUCCAGGAUUCUUUGGACAUUAUGUAAAUGUGCAAAGUGUGCCUAAGUAAUUGUAUACGAGAUAUAGAUCUUCUCCUUGACUAGUAACACCGUACAU